CAAAUUUAUGGAUCACAUGACAUAUUUAUGUAUUUAUGCGUCGGAUAGAAGUUCGUUGGAAGGCAUUUAACUAAAUACAAGCAAGGAGUUUUGGAGAAUAGUCGAAAAAAUGAGCUGUGCCCCUGCCGGUGAUGACCCUGAUGCUAAUGUGGAAUAUUAUGUAUCAUUACUUGACUCAGGAAAACAAUUGGCCUAUAAUGGAAAUGUUGAGGUCUACAAGCCAGUAAAGUUUUUGAAACCUCCACCUGGUGAUGGAGAGAUACUACUUCGGGUUACACGAAAACGAUGGGAGUCAAAUUGGUGGCUCAUCCCAAUUAAAGUUGACUCAGAGGUACAGAGUCUUCACAUUGGUGCAGAUUCACAGCUAUUUAUGGGUGAUGCUGUACUGGAAAAAUUUGAGGCGGUCAUUCUUUUGUUUGAUCCAAACAGUCAGAGAAUUUUUAGUAUGAUGAACCCUAACCAGAGUCUGGUGAUUGGAGCCAGUGGAGAAGCAAAGAUGAUGGAAAAUGGUGACAGCAAGUAUUCCCUUGAUGCUGCAAAGUAGUGAAUAAUUAAAACUCUAGAAUUUUGGAUUUUCGUACGUAGUUAUUAGAUGUCAUUGUAAUAAAAGUAGUGAAUUUAGUCAAUAAAGUAAAAAAAAGGUUA